AUGGGACAAUCACUGUCCACAUCUGUUCCAUCUGCUCACCUAAAUAUUUCUAAAACUAACCUAUACGUUGACGGUUACGGUGACGGUAACGGCAAUGAUUCUUCUUCUUAUAACUUCGGUUAUCGCCGUAACUAUAUUGAUGAAAUCCCUGACGAAUGUUUAGCCAGUAUUCUUCACUUUGUUGACGCCGUUGAUCGGAAAAACUGCUCCCUUGUAUGCCGACGGUGGUUACGCGUUGAAGGUGAAAGCCGGCAGCGGCUUUCCCUAAACGCGGAGGCGAAAUUGUUAGAUGUUGUUCCUUCUCUGUUUACUCGUUUCGAUUCUGUUACAAAGAUUGCGCUUCGUUGUAAUCGUAAAUCAAUAAGUAUAAACGAUGAUGCUUUGAUUUUGAUCUCGCUUCGUUGUAAGAAUCUCACGCGUCUUAAGCUUCGUGGUUGUAGGGAAAUAACUGAGAUCGGAAUGUUAGGUCUUGCGAGAAAUUGUAAGAAUCUGAAGAAGCUUUCGGUUGUUUCUUGUUUGUUUGGUGUUAAGGGAAUUCACGCUGUUGUAGAUAAUAGUAAUGUUAUUGAGGAGCUUUCUGUUAAGAGGCUUCGUGGAGUUAACGAUGACGGUGGUGAAUUGUUAUGUGGUGGUGGUGGUGGUUCGUCGUUGAAAUCGAUUUGUUUGAAGGAACUUGUUAAUGGUAGCUCGUUUGCGCCGUUAAUAAUUGGUUCUAGAAAGCUUCAAACAUUGAAAUUGAUUCGGUGUAUAGGCGAUUGGGACACAACGCUUACGAGUGUGGGGAAGUUGAGUUCAGGGUUGAUUGAGAUUCAUCUUGAGAAGAUUCAAGUUAGUGAUGUUGGUCUUGUUGGUGUAUCAAAGUGUUUGAAAUUAGAAACUUUGCAUCUUGUGAAAACACCUGAGUGUUCAGAUGUUGGUCUUAUUGCUGUUGCUGAGCAUUGUAAGAUGUUGAAAAAGCUUCACAUUAAUGGGUGGAGAACUAAUAGAAUUGGUGAUGAUAGUUUGAUUUCUGUUGCAAGAAAUUGUCCUAAUUUACAAGAGCUUGUGUUGAUUGCUAUGUUUCCUACCUCAUUGAGUUUAGGAGCAAUCGCUUCAUAUUGUCAGGGUUUAGAAAGGUUCGCGCUUUGUGGGAUUGUAACGGUUAGUGAUGCUGAUAUUGAGUGCAUUGCUUCUAAGUGUGUGGCACUUAGGAAAUUAUGUAUCAAGGGUUGUCCUGUGUCGAAUGUUGGGAUUGCGGCUUUUGCUUCUGGGUGUCCUAAUUUGGUUAAGCUCAAGCGUUGGAUGGAAGUGGUAGUGAUGUUGGAGUUCAGGAAACUACAAUGGCUUUUCCACCAAAUGACAAUGAAGUAA